AUGGGCUAUUGUACCAAUUAUGGACUGGAUCCAAAAGAUGAUGACUUUGAUCAGUUUGAUAAGCCUGGUGCAGAAAGGUCUUGGAGAAGAAGAGCUGGAGAUGACGACUGGGACAGUGAACUUGAUGACGACUUGCUCGGAGAGGAUUUGCUAACCGGCAAAAAGAAUCAGUCAGACUUGUCCGAUGAAGAACUGAAUGAUGAUCUUCUGCAAAGUGACAAUGAAGAGGAACCACAUUUUGGUUCUCAAGGUGUCACAGUUAGCCUCAACGCCACGUCUGGCAUGCUUGCAUCGUAUGAACUCUCUGAUACCAUCAAUGAUCGAUCCAUCGAACACGAGUCUGAGUAUGACCAAGGGGAAGAUGAAAUAGUUUAUGACAAAUCAGAAGCACCUGAAGUGUAUGCUUCAGAGUAUGCAGAGGAAGGACAUUACGAAGGCAAUGAUCCUGAACUGACAGAAGACCAAAUAGAAUAUGGGGAAGAGCCUGGAGAAGAUGAUGAAGUGCUAGACCUUGAAAUCAAUGAACCUCUAGAUGAAUUUCCAGAUGAAGAUUACAUGCAGUCAUAUAAUGAGCAAGCAAUGGAAGAACAAGAGGAAUAUACAGCUGAUGAGGAACUGGAAGAUUCCCAGACAAUGACAAAUGAAUCAGAAGAGGCAGCUAUUGAAUCUCUCGAGCUUCAGGAAGAAACAAAAGAAGAAUCUGAUGAAGAGGAGGAUGAUGACGAAGAAUCUGGACGACUACGUUUCAAAACUGAGCGGAAAGAAGGGACGAUAAUUAGGCUGUCGGACGUGACAAGAGAAAGGAGAAACAUUCCAGAAACUUUGGAACUCUCUGCAGAAGCCAAAGCAGCAUUACUUGAAUUUGAAGAACGAGAAAGGCAGCUUAAACAGGGGCGGUAUGGCUCGAGGAGAGGAGGGCGAAGAGGAGGCUCAGUGAUGUGCCACGGGAUGGGAGAACAAAGGCGAGACAACAACGAGAGGGGAAGAAUGAAGGAUCACAGGCCUGCUCUGCUGCCAAACCAGCCGGCCGCAAUGACUCAUUCACAGAGGUUAAUUCCACCACACCAGCAACCUGUUAGGAGUCUGUUCCAGCAGCAGCAGCAGCAACAGCAACAACAACAGCAGCAGCAGCAGGAGCAACAGCAGCAGCAGCAGCAGCAACAGUUACAAUCUCUGCUUCCUUUACAGCAUCAGCAUCAUUCUUCCCCUCCUCCAGGGCUACAUAUGCCCCCUCAGAUAGAAACCCCUAGAAUAAUGAUGACUCCACCGCCAGUGACACCUCAGCAACCGAAGAACAUACACAUAAACCCACAUUUCAAGGGGACGGUAGUGACGCCUGUACAAGUGCCCUUGCUGCCAGUUCCAGCCCAGCCAAGACCUGCCGUAGGGCCCCAGAGAUUUCCGGGCCCCCCAGAUUUUCAGCAGCACACUCCUGGACCUGUUCCUACCAACUUCUCGCAAGCCCCCAGGCUGCCCAUCCAGGACCAGUGGAGAGGCCCACCACCCCCCCCGCCGCCGCUCCCUCCUCCCCCUCCUCAGGAAAGAGACCCUUUCUUCAUAGGAGAUCCCCGAUUUCCCAGCCAUCACCUGUUCGAGCAGCGGAGCCCCCCGCCGCCGCCGCCUCCGCCUCCCCUCAACAGCGCUCAUCCCGUCCCUACCCAAAACCCGAUGCCUUUCAGUCAGCCUGGGCCGGCUUUUAACCAGCAAGGGCAACAACCCGUCUUCCCCAGGGAGAGGCCGGUGCGGCCCAACCUUCAGCCUCAAGGGCCGGUGGGAAUUCUGCACUUCAACCAGCCGGGCGCCGCCAAUCCGCGACCCUUCAUCCCGCCGCGCCAGCAGUUCCUGCAGGCUCCGGGACAGCCCUUCCUGGCCCAGCAGCAGCACCACCACCAGCAGCAGCCGCAGCCCCAGCAGCACCAUCACCACCUGCAGGGCCCGCCGCAGCCCCUCAUGCCCAUGAACCAGCCGCAGUUCCGGCCCCACAUGCCGGCCACGCAGCAGCAGCCCAACAACAACCGCAUGCAGUGCCAGCAGCGACAGGGGCCCAUGAAGCCCAGGCAUAACACACCCUCCCAGAAUAUUGUCAAGCGUUCAAAUCAGCAGCUGCAAACAACUGCCGCGAGAAAUAGCAACUUGCGUGAGUUGCCAAUAGCACCGUCACAUGCGAUGGAAGUGAGCAACAACAGGAGAACUUCUACUCCAGCUGCUCAGGUCAAACCCAUUACCAGCACCAUGUCUGCCACCAAGUCUGUAGCUGGUGUUGGAAACUCGCAGGGGAGGCCUGAGAUGAAAGCUAAAGCAAUCACACCAAUCGGUCAAGCAAAAUCAGAAGUAAAAUCUGAACCGGAGUAUCCAGAUGAAGAUGAAGAAACUAGAUUGUAUCGUUUGAAGAUAGAGGAGCAGAAGCGUCUAAGAGAAGAAAUCCUGAAGCAGAAGGAGUUGAGACGGCAGCAGCAGGCUGGCGCUAGAAAGAGAGAACUGCUCGAAAGGCUUGCGCAGCAGCAGCAGCAGCAACAACCUUCCACGCAGCCAUCCUACAUGCAGCAGGAAGAGGAAUCCUACGAGUUCCCCACCAACGGCAACCCUUACAUACCCCACUCUGGCUUCCAGACCAGGCCAAAUGUGAAAAACAGACUCCUCAUUAAAAAGCAAGAUAUGGUAGUUCCACACAUCCAACCCAAACCCACAGAUUUCCCGCAGGUUGGGGCCAAUAUGCAGUAUCAAGGACAGCAAAUGAAACCAGUGAAACAGCUGAGGCAGACCAGAACGAUACCUCCGAGUCAGCCUCAGGCAUCGCCGAAGGUAUUGCAGCCAAAACCAGCUGCGGUGUCGCUGCCUGCAACACAGACUGCUAGAGUGGCUUCAGUGCAAGCCCGGCCCCAGGAGCUGAAACCCGGUGUGAAAAGGACUGUUAUGCAGCGCACAAACAGUGGUAGUGGAGACGGGCCCCAUGUCGGCAGCAAAGUCAGGGUGAUUAAGUUGUCAGGAGGGGUCAUUAUGCAUGGGAGAGGCAGAGGAGUAGCAGGCCAGAUGGGCCGAGGACGCUUGAUGCCAAAUAAACAGAACCUGCGAGUGGUGGAGUGCAAACCUCAGCCCUGUAUUGUGUCAGUUGAAGGGCUUUCUUCAUCAACUACUGAUGUCCAACUGAAAAACCUGCUGAUGUCAGUGGGACCCAUUCAGAGUUUACAGAUGCUUCCUCAACAGCGGAAAGCCAUAGCAAAAUUUAAGGAGCCAGCACACGCUUUAGCAUUUCAACAGAAAUUCCACAGGCACAUGAUAGAUCUGUCCCACAUAAACGUGGCGCUGAUAGUUGAGUGAUAGCUGCUGAGAGAAGUCCUUGUGCUGAUAGGAGCGUACUGUGGCGUUACACGAGACACAGUGGCAAAACCGUCAGGUUCUGAAACCUUUCAGCUUGCAGUCUUUAAUUGCUAUGUUGAACUACAGAAAGCAACAAGAUGUCCUCAGGCAGAGCUGAACUUAAGAGGAUCUACAAAGGUGGAAUUUCUGUUCCGUUUGUUCACGUUCGGUUGUAACUACAUGGAACUACAGAAUUUUUUUCAAAAUGCUUACGAUGCAUGUAGACACUGUUCUUCAAGAUACUACUGUGUGGCCACAGUGACUUGAGAGAGAACGUUUACAUCGAAAGAUUUAAAAACUUUCUUCAUAGCAAAGAAUAUUUGAUAAUGGUUGCUCUUAUCUUCAGUGUGAGGUAUUUAAAUGAAAACUCACUUUUUCUAAACAAAAAGCCUUAGUUAUGUUGCAUAUCGGAGAGUAUAGAAGGUAUCCUUACAUAGAUUUCAACAUGGUCUACUUCACUGAAUAACAGUAUGCUGAGAAGCUUUGGAGGUGACACGGGAAAACUGUAGUUUCUAUCUCUGUAAAUAUGCUUAGUCUGUCUUUGCAUUUUCUAUUCCAAUACAGACUUCCAUCUUCUCCUUCCAACUCCGCUUAUUCCAUAAAACACUGUGUAGGAAUAACAUUGCUGUAUAUUCCCUUGUUUUUUGUUUUUUGUUUUUUUUAAAAAAAAGGAUCUUUAUCCUCCAGUAGCAUCAUGGGGUAGUUAACUCCAAGUUGUAACUAAGUUGUUUUAAAUGGCAUUGCCAGAUAUAAGGAAAAAGAAAUAUUUAAUGGCUCACUUUAAAAAUGUUACACAGGAAGAGUGGUGCAUUUCUAAUAGUUCUUUUGGGCUAGUGUUUCAUAAUUGCCAUAUACUUUAUUUUGACUAGCUUUUUUUCCUGGAGAUUUAUUUUGUGACUAAUGCUGAACCAUAAGAAAGCCGUAACUGCAAGGAUUUGGUUUGAUGUGUUGUUCCCGAUAAAUACAGGACUAUAAGAACUACGUGAAUCUCCUGGUGACAGUUCCAAAAUGGCAGUUCCAAAAAUUAUGUGCAGACAUUAAGGAGCUUAUAUUUUAUUCAAAGCAAAAUCCAUAGAAUUUCCUUUUGGUUAGAACCAUCUAGAUGGUAUUGCCAAAGGAACAAUUUUUUUCAGUUAUUUUUGAAUAAACUUAUUAAAAUGUCGUCUUUAUAUUGGAUUGCAGUUUUUAUGAACAUUUCCUUGGUUUUUAGACUGUGAGCUUUUGCUUGAUCCUUUAUUUUUAGGAAUACUCUUAAGCCCUCCACCUACUCUUUGAAUGGGGAAACUUGCAGAAACUUUAUAGGCUUGUUACCUGAGUAACCACAGAAGAACACUAUUGGUAUGUAAUGAAACAGCUCUAACUGGGAUCCAAAAUAGGUGUGCUAAGCACAGAAUGAUGAACUGAGCAAGUUCAUAAUAGCAUAGGUUUUUUUUUCCUCAAAAGAUUUAAUGGUAACCAAGUCGCAAAGACCACCUAAUUGGCUUUCCUACAGUUUUGAUACAGACUUUCAUUUAAGUAGAUGUUAUUAAAAUUGAUGAUUCAGUAAUAAGAACUGUCAAAAGUCUUCAAGCGAAAACUGCUUUUUCACUGGAAUAAUACAGAAUAAUUUGGUACUUGAAACUACUACACUGGGAAAAAAUUUCAAGAGUUUGUAUAAGCCCAUUUACAACUUAGCAAAGGGACAGAGUGAUAUCAUGAGAAUUUUAGCAUGGAAGUGAGUUUUAUAUCUGUCUGCCUAGUUCCACAUUUAUGCAUAAUACUUAAUAUUUUUCAGCACCAUUACUGUGUCCUGUUCAGGUUAGACCUAAGCCCAGAGCAGUGAAGGAGCCGCAGGUAGGGAGUGCCUAGUGGAAGCCAACCUUGAAGACUUAAUGCGAGGUGAUCCCAGUGACUGGUGCUAGCAAGUGCGGUUUAAUUCCUCAUGUCCAUGAGCACCAGCUCCCUCUGCUUCCUCCUCAGGUUCUGUAUUUUUUAUUUUUUAAAAAUAAAUGCUUAUGUUUAAAAUGAGUCAUUAAACAGUUAUUCAUCCCACUGUUACAGCACAGCUUCUCUGUAAUGAGAAGGAUGGGACGACAUCUAGGAAUGGAGCGAUAGUAGUGUGUGUCUGGAAAUCUGCACUAGAGGCAACUGCCAAAGCAGGCCAGCAGCUGAGUUCAGCAGUAGGAACAUCUGCAGUUGAUCAGCUGUCCUGUCAUAAGCAAACGUUAUUGGGGUUAGAAAGUUUCUUGGAGCCUUAGAAUAUGGGUUUGAUUCAAAAGUCAAAGAAGUUUCUACAAACACUCCUGCUUUGGGUUUUGAAUCUAUCCCAAAGAGACUGAGGUUCAGCCAGCUUUAAACAAGUUUUAAAAAUUUUUAUCCAGUUGCUUUUUUAACAAAAAAAAAAAAAGUGGAUGGCUUUGGAAACAAAGACAUGAAAUAGUCUCAGAUCAAUUUAAAUAUAGGAGACAAUGUAAGCAAUGUCUGUUUAAUGACUAGAUGGAUCCUCUUAAAAAGCGGUUGCAGUAGAUUUUUGCUUGCACAUAGCUAGAGUACGGGCAGACUUGCUUGCUGGUGAUUUUAGCUGCUUAUUGCAGUAGCCGCAUGUCAUACUAUGCGUAAACAUACUGUAUGUAUGUAUGUCUAUAUGCAUUUUAUUAUACACAUACAUACAUAAACACACCCUGUAUUAUCACCGUAUCUUCCUAAUAUCUUAAAGUUCCGUAGCAAAAGUAGAAAUUAGGUGAGUCACUUGUUAAAAUGUUUGUGUCUUGUUAGUUCACAAAUCCUAACUUAAAACUGGAUCGGUUGGCAAUGACCAAUUUGAAUGGUAACAUAACUUUUACUUCCAUUUGUUGUGUCUCCUCCCAAAAAUCGCAGAGGAAGUAGAGGUAAAGGUAGACGGAUGUGUUAUUUCCAUGUUCUCUUUCAGCACGUAGUUAAAUCUGAACAUCUUAAGUUAACUUUCUUGGAAGAUCUGUUGCAACCAUUAUCUUGUUCUUUCUUUAUCAUGCAUUCAAAAUACAAUGCAAAAUACAAAAAAAAAAUUUAAUGUAGUAUGUAAAUAUUGAACUUUUAAAAUUAAAAUGUUAUUCAAAGUGCUUAGUCAACCACAUCUUAGCUAUUUGUUAGUUUUUUUGUGUUGUCUUAUCUAAGUUUAAUGGAUACAGUUCCAUAAAUGUUGAUGUGUUUUUUGUGUAUAUCUUCAAAUUUUUAUAAAGAUGCUAGUAAGUCAAUACAUAUAUCCUGAUCUGUGUAUUAUUUGUUCACAGUUUUUAUUAGCAUAAUUUUAUAAUGAUUCUAUUAGGUAACGCCAGUAGGUGAUUAUAUGGAGCCAACUUUUUUUUUAAUUAUUUUGUUUUCGUCUUGUAGCACUGGAGAAUUCACUUUAUAACUAAUCAUAUUUUGCCUUGACUAAAAGAUUGGUUUGGCCGUAUGAUCUGUGGUAUUUCAGAAUGCAUGUUUUGCAUUUUUAAAAAAGCUCUAUCCUUUAACUUUUAAGGGGAUAUAGAGUGCACUGUGAGACCAAAGUAUGGGGUUUUAGGUUUGUUUUGAUUUUGUUGUACAAGUACAGAUAGGUCUGCCUUGUAAUACUGUUCUCAAAAGUUUGGGGUAUUUUUGUUUUACCCAUAAUUCAAGUCGGUCGUGUUAACACUUUAUUUCAUCCAAAUGUUAGCAAUUGAUGUGGCACGUAUUGUGUGAUGAAACAAUUUGCAGUAUUGGAAAAGCUCGGUGAAAUUGUUGCUAGGUAAAAGGAGGACACAUCUUCAUAGCUGAAGGAGCUGCUGUGCAAAUGGUUUUCUAUAAAGUAGUCGUAGAGAGUAAUUUAGGCAGGGUAAUUGUUCUUGGCCCACAUAUCUCCAAUAUGAUCUCACAAGAGGAGAGUGAAUACUGGCCCCCCAUUUGCAAAAUGUCUUCAGAUAUGUAGUUCAUUCCCCAGUUUAAUUCUGAAAAUUCACUUUAGAAUUCCAUAUUUCUAUGAAAAGCCCUUCUAGCCAUUAAAAUAUCAAAUGCACUGAGCAUUUUAAUUCCUUCACGUUAGGUUUCCACUGCAAGGAUUUAGCUGAGAUUUUUUUUUUUUUACAAAACUGUAGGUUAUUUCAGAAUGCCUGUGCCUUGAGGGUCCUCCUAAGUUUUUCUUGACAUAGUCAAAUGACUUGGAAUAAGAAAGAGCCUUUUAUUUGAUACUGGAUUUUUUUCAUAGUUUUAAAAUAGCAUUUUUUUUAUCUGUUGAGCUUUAAAUUGUGCAGUGUCCAAGAAGCUGCUGUAUGCACUUUUCCAUAGCUAACUGUGUGUAUGUAUGUGUGUGUGGGUGUGUUGCCCUCCUAGAGUUUGGGUGAGAUGGUGGGAGGGAGGGUACGGGCUUUCAUUUGUGGGUUUUCUUACCUGUGUGUCUUACUCUGGAGAUUUCCUGGAAUUGCUCUCUGGCAUAGUAUUGUGUUGUUCUGUCCUUCCCAUAGUGUUGUGUUUGUUAUAUGGGUGGUGAUACUCAAAGGUGAAACGCUGGCUUCUCAUGUUUGCUGUCAAAAAGGCAUUUUUUGGCCUUAAUAGGCACAAACCUUUUUUUAAAUUAUUUUUUGUACUUUUUAAUUUUUUUUUAGCAGCACAUUGCAUGAGAAAUAAACGUGGAGGAAACAGAUACUGAAUAGGUUGCAGAAAGUUAGCUAGAUUAUAAAGGAUAUAGAUCGCUUGGGGUAACACAGGGCUUUUGUUUUAAUGUUACCUUAAAUCAUGCUUUAAAUACUAAGUAUUUCAUAAGCAUUAAUACUAGAAGUAUUUUCUCUUAAAUUAAUAUUAAAUCCUAAGGAUUUUCUGUAAGGUUUUUGUAACCUAAUUUGUAAUCAUGAAGAUGACUUAUCCACAUGAGCACAGGGCCUUGUGUACAAAAACACUGAUUCACAUUGAAUCCCUACGUAUACCAUCUUCUGGUAUGAUAUGGUUGGGAAGGAUCAUUUUGUUCCUUUUAACACUGCUUUUUGCAGGGCUUUUUUUUGGUCUCCAUUUUCUAUUUCUAUGCUUAUUUUGGUGGAAAGUACAGUCCCUGCUGCACUAUAUAAAAGCUCAAGGGGAGAGUUAAUCUCACUGGGUCUUUUAGGUGCUUAUGUUGCUUUCUCACUUCUUGGUUGGACACCCUUAUUUUUCUAACUAACUGGAAAUGGGCCUCAUAUAUACUCAGUUUUUCAACAGGUUACAUUCCUUUUUUCAAAUGUAACAGCACUCAGGUUAACUGAUUUUUACCAGGUGAAUCAUUUUAUACACUAUUACAGAUUAAGUAUAUUUUUGUAAAGGAACCUAUGUCCAGGUUAAAUGUAGCUAUGUUGCAAUGCUGUGUGUACUUAUUUGGAAGAUCACAAUUUAAACAAAACACUACUGUAUUAAUGUUAUGUUCAUUCAGUGGUUCAGGAUUUCUUUGUAUACAUCUAAUGGUCUUUAAUGUGCCUUGCAUUUUUUCCUACUGUCUGUCAGGCUGCCUUUGAAACCUUGUAGUUUUGUUUCUAUUCGUACAAUAAUGAACAAAAUUUUUUGCAGGUUUUCUUUUUUCAGGCAGUGGAACUUCUUUCAAUGAUUUAAUUUCCAAUUAAUACACAUUUUCCAUUUACAGAUACAGCAAAGACAAGAUGCUAACUCUAAUUUAUUCACAGCUAGUCUUCUGCAUGCAGUUUUUAUUGAUACAAAGUACCCCUCGAACAAGUUAAAUGUCUCUCUUUUUCCUGUGGUGACCUUUUUUCUCUGUGCUUUUCUCUAUACGUUACUACAUUUCUAUCUCAUUUGCCCCCAUUUUUUGUUCCCCGUAAGGAUAUUUGUAUCCUUGCUAUGUUCUUGCUCUUUUGACUCUAUAUUCAUCUCUCCACACAUUUUCCUGUCCAAGUCCAUAGCUUCUGAGUCCAUCCUAUUUUCUAUUUUGUUUUCACUGAUAGCUAUUUUGAGGAUAUCUGAAGCCUAGAUCUUCCAUGCCAAAAGUAUAUUAUACUGUAUUUUUCUUUGCAAAUUUUAUUGUAGUGUAUAAAGUUGAGGUCACUUUUACAGGUGUCACACUGUAGGAGAUGCUGCGCUUCCCAAGCCCUGGAGAAAUACCACUUAACCAUUUUGCCUUGCAGUUUUAUCCGUGUUGGAAAAUUACAGCAUUUUCCACGCGUGCUCUAGCGUUUGUGGCAAGCCAGGAGAAACAGGAUUAACAAAUGUUUUAUCCUCUUUACUUUUUCAGGAGUUCUGUUCUUGAAUUCAGUGAUAGUAAUAGGACUUUUUUUUAUUGCCACUUAGAAAUACGAGCACUGUCAACACAAUUCUACCUGUAUUACUGUUACUGAAUGUGAUCCUUCCUAACCUGUAAAGUCUUAAACGCUGUAUAUAUUUGGGUAUUUUGAGAAUCAUUUAAAAUGUGUUGCUCUAAUCUGGAUUACAGAGUCUGUUUGCUAGCAGUUCAGAACAUAAAUUCAAGAGCCGACUAUGUCAUACUGACUCCACUGGCGGUUCAUCUGCCUCAUGUUUUCUACAGCGUCAUCUGCACAAGUUGUUUACCUCUUAUUUCUUGAGUGUAAUACUAUUCCAAAUUCUUGCACUUGCAUAAGAGAUCUUUCUGUAGUACCUAUUUAAGUAAAUGUAAAACUGGAAACACAAAAAAUAAUCUCAUGUACAAGUUCUUUUUUACAUGUAGUUCCAUGUUCAAAAUGUCAAUAUGUAAAUAAAUGUAUUUAUUGUAACUAAAAUAUCAAUAAAACUUUCUCACGUUU